AUGGCACUCAUCAUUUCGUGGAUCUUCAUACUCGGGCUCAUCGUGCCGGACCUGUCGUCGAGUCUGCUGCACUGCCCGCACCGGUGCCAUUGCGACGACGACAAGCUGGACGUGAACUGCGAAGAAGGGCACCUGGACGUGCUACCGAUAGCGCUCAACCCGUCCAUCCAGCGGCUGGUCAUCAAGAAUAACAAAAUUCGCAUCAUCGACUCGUCGAUUCAGUUCUACUCCGAGCUGACGCUGCUCGACCUGAGCUUCAACUAUCUCUUCAACAUCCCGGACCGCACGUUCGGCCACCAGCGCAAGCUGCAGCAGCUGCACCUGAAUCACAACAAAAUCAGCACCAUCUCGAACCGGACGUUCGUCGGGCUGGGCGAGCUGCUGGUGCUGAAUCUCCGGGGCAAUCUGAUCGAUCAGAUUGAUGCGCUGACGUUCACGCCGUUGGCGAAGCUGGAGGAGCUGAACUUGGGCCAGAAUCGGAUUGCAAGCGUCGGGCUGUCGGUCGGGGCGUUCGUGGGCAUCGGAGAUCUGAAGAUACUGCUGCUGGACGAUAAUCUGCUGAGUGUAAUUCCGUCCGAGGACACGCUGCGGCCGGUGGACAAGCUGGCGGAGCUGUACAUCGGUACGAAUUCGCUCGCCGGCAUCGAGGACGGUGCGUUCCGGGUGCUGUCCGAGCUGACGCUGCUCGAUCUGCGUGGCAGCCUGUUGCCGAACGUCACCGAGGGCACGUUCGGUGGGAUAGAGAACCUGAAGUCGCUCAAUCUGGCCGACAACCGGUUCCAGCGCGUGCCGACCGCUGCCCUGGCCGUGCUGCGACGGUUGGAGGAGCUGGCGAUUGGACAGAACCACUUCGAAACGCUGCCGGCCCACUCGUUCCGAGGGCUCUCCAAUUUGAAGCGCUUCGAGCUGAAGGGUUCGCUCUACCUGCGGCGCAUCGAGCGGGCCGCAUUUCAGACCAACACCAACCUCGAGGCGGUUGUGAUUGAGUCCAACAAGGCGCUCACCGAGCUGGAGGAGGAAACGUUCGCCGGUCUGCUCUACCUGAAGCACCUCAGCCUGCGCAACAACGGGCUCGAGCGGCUGGACGAGGGUAUGUUCUCGUGGAACAGCCUCCGCACGGUCGACAUCUCGGACAAUCCGAUCAACUGCGACUGCUACUACUCGAAGCUGCUGCUGCGGCUCCAGACGGCGGCACGCGUCAGCUACAACGCGACCGGCUGCCCCCAGCACCUGCCCGACCAGUGGGAAUGUGAGUACAUCCUCGAGAAGAACAAAAACCUCAUCUCGGUCGUGGUGCCCCUGGUGGCCAUCGUCACCGCCAUCGCCCUCGCGUUCUACCGCUUCCGUGGGCUGCUGCGGGAGUACGUUAAAAAUGGCUGCAAAAGCAAGGCGGCGGCAGCUGCUGCAGCGGCCACGUCCAGUGUCACUCCAGCCGGCGGUGGUGGGCUGCCAAUGGUACUGCCUCCGCUAGGACACCGGGCCGAGCUAUCCACCGUGCACGGGGAUUACGAGAAGCCACUCUCGGACGACGACUACUUCAUACGGUCGAGCAAUCUCUACCACGGACCGGCCGCGCAACCGAUUCUCAACGGCUACCCGCUGUACCUGCAGCAGAACCCGAACGUUUACUACAACAAGCCACUUCCGAUGACGGAGUUAUAG